AUCUAAAUGAAAAUCAUUGUCAAAUAAUUUGAAAUCAAAACUACAAAAGCGACAGAUUAAAACAAAAUUAGGAUUUGUUGUUGUUGUUGUUAUUUAUUCUCCCCCUUCUGACAUACCGAUGAUUAUUUUUUGGUAACGACAACAACCAAUCUAUUUACCAAGACAACGUUAAAAACAAAAAUAUUUCAAUAAUCGUCAUCGAUCAAUUAUUGAAUGCAUUGUCAUUAUCGAUAAUCACAAAUCACAAAGUUAACGAUGAAAAAGAAAAAGAAAAUUGAAAUAAUGAAUAAGAAGCAAAAACGCCUUAUUUAUCAUCAUCAUUUAUUAUCGAACAAAAUUCAUUUUCAACAUUCUUCGAUUUUUUUGUUAUUUUACAUCUUUAUCUUUAUGCUCAUAAUUCAAUUCAUCAAUAUAUUAGCCAUUGAAGAAGAUCAUUCAUUAUUAUUAUCAUCAUCAUCAUCAAACAUUAUAAAUUCAACGAUCAAUAAUGAUCAACAAAAGCCUUUAUUUAAAAUCGAUUGUUAUAGCCUUAAGAUUGGUCAAUUUCGUUGUGAUCCAAUUGAAAUCGAUGAAGAUACACAACAGCCAUUUGGUUGUUCAGUAAAUAAUCUAGCACCAAUUAAUUGUACAUUAAUUAAUGGCCUAAUCUGUGAUGAACAAUCAAAAAAUUUGUCCAUAACAACAAAAAAUGAUUAUAAUCAACGUAUACAAUUAGCCAUACCAUGUCAAUAUACAAAUGGCUAUUCAUAUGAAAUAACAUUAUUAUUAUCAAUAUUUUUGGGCAUGUUCGGUAUUGAUCGUUUCUAUCUUGGUUAUCCGGCCAUUGGUUUGCUCAAAUUCUGUACAUUAGGUUUUCUAUUUUUAGGCCAAUUUAUUGAUAUUAUAUUGAUUGCCAUGCAAAUAGUACGACCAGCUGAUGGUUCAAAUUAUAUAAUCAAAUUUUUUGGACCAAAAUUAACGAUCAUUAAUUCAUUUCGUCAUCAACGUUUUGGAUUGUUUGAUAACAUUCCAUUUAUAUAUGAUGAUAAUGAUAAUUUUACCGAUUAUCGUAUGGUUAUACAUUCAGGUUUUGAUCUUUAUUUCUAUCCACCAUCAACAACGAUCAAUAAUAAUUUGGCAAUUGUUUCGAAUCAUUUUGUUGGCAAUGAAACAUUGACCGCUGCCCAUCAUACGAAUUUGUAAAUGAUCAACAUCGAUUCAAUGAUGAUCAUUCUCAAAAUUAAAAAUUGCAAUUUUUGUUCUGUUUUUUUUUCUUCACUUAAACUUUAUUUGUUCUCAUUUUUUUUUCUUUAAAUUUU